AUACGCUCGUGAUUUAGAACCUUUUGCGUCCAUUGAAGCGUAGAGCAAAUAAAAACAGCAAUGUGACAUAACAGAACUGAUACUUGGCAGUACAGCACGGACCGUCCGGCUUUGGGGCUAUAGAUACACUUGCUAGACAUAUAGAACGGAUAUAAUGCUUCUUUCUCCAUCCAGCUCAGCUAGGUCAUAUCGGCACUUCUUACAGAGGCUUUAUCACUAACCAUAUCUUCCCUUACAUAAUAACUAUCACUAACUCCAAUACUUGCAAGAUAACAAUGCCACACUAUUAUCUAUACGUCCCGUCUCCAUCGGAGCAGGGGACGCUGAAUCUCCGUGACCUCUACGUUGCGGGGAUGUCGGCCUUCUCUGGCUCAUCUUUCUCUGAUCCUGACUCCCUGCCCGAAGUCUGCAUACUCUGCUUCGAACGCCUGGACAAAACAUCUCCGUCGUCGUCCUACCGCCAACUUCGCUGCAGCCAUAUAUUCCACUUGCCCUGCAUCGAUGACUGGUUAUGCAACAGGGAUGCUAGUUGUCCGUUAUGUCGGGAGAGGUUCUAUCAUCUCCGAGGGCCGCGGAUAAUGUAUUCGCAGUCUUCGUUACCGAUUACGCGACCGGGUACGACGGUUGGAUUGAGAAGAGGGCAGCCAGAGACACAUUAUGUGAGGAGUAUGAUCGAGUCCGUGAAGAAGUGGGCGAAGAAGAAAAGAAGGGAAGAGAGGACGGCGGACACAGAAGAAGAGGUUCAUUCGGAGAGUUGACCAGGGGCAUAUGCGGGUCCAUUAUAGUUAAUUCUAGUGUUUAUCGGUUGCUUUUAUCGGGUGUUGAGUAUAUGUGAAUUGUUUGGAUUACGG